AGGAGUAUCGUAAAAUGUUACCUGUUAGCUCAUCAUUGUCCGGCGCCUACACCACUGAAACUUAUGGCACCGGGACUUAUAAUUACUACAACAGUGGACAGACCAGACGCUGGGGUGGAACCGGUACUCCAAACGGCUAUUAUGGGGCAACUGGCCAACCGGGAACUGGACACCUGUUGGGUACACAGGCUCCCAGCACCGCGGGUAUACUAACUAUCCGUAUGGCACUGGUAGCCCUGGUUAUGGGGGUUAUACUGGCACUUACCGUGUGUACGGCACUGGUAGGUCCUACACAGGUGGAUACUACCAAGGAACUACUCGGGGUCAUUGAGUAA